AUGUCGUCCUGCGAUGGGCUCUCCAAUUCUUCUGGUUCUUCCCUCACCUGUAGUCCAAUCACCGAUCGCUUACAAGACAAUGGAGCCAGCCCAUCGCUUGCAAUUUUUGCAGCCACAGACCUGCCAUCAUCGUCUCAGAAUGAUGUCAUGAACGUUUCCACUACUGCUCUCUAUCUCGAGCGUUAUGCGUCUGAGCUUUUGUUAUGGCUGCAGCAUUCGACUACAGUGGUUCCAAUCGACGACGCACUUUUUUUCUUCGAAACGCGCCACCCCGAGCUCUUAGACGAUCUCCCGCUUCUAUUCGCGUGGCUCUCGCUCUUUUUAGCACAACACGAGGCUGCGUCUAACGUUAAGAUGACCGACAUGGCGCAACGAGCCUUGCUUCAACUUGAAAAAUCAGGAGACUUGGCUGUUAUAGCUGAGAAGUUUGGUCUUAAGAGCACGCUCACACUUCUGUUUUGGAGGCAUGAAAACGGACGUCAAGAGCUAAACGAGCAAAACGAGCAGCGAACAGACGAAUGUGUCGCCGGCGAAACUGGAAGCAGCAGAAGCCGAAAUUCCUUUCAGGACGUUGAUGGACUUUUACAGUGGGUACUUAGUCACAGAAAUAUGCAGCUUACAAAGCAGGACAUUAUUGAUUACGUAGUGGAAAGGUACCCGAUCUUUGCCGCCGCCAAGACCACAGCAGCGCUUAAGGUUUGGACAUCCAGAUUUAUAAAAAAACACAUUCCAUCGCAGCCAUUUCUCGCUACAAUGCCGCCGGCUGGGCCAUCACACCAAAUCGUCAUUUCUGAUGUUGAGACGCACGAUAAUGCAGCAACGCUGCCAUCGGAAGAAAUGGUAACGCCACAGCUGUUGCCCCAACCUAAGUCUUUAGACGAUAAAGUUGUGAAUCCAGAGACACGGGUAGACGCAUCGCUAGCAAACCAUCACACAGGCAAGCGUCGUUCAUGUUCAGGACGUUACAUGCUUUUUUCGAACGAGUUUAAGUUACACGCUAUCACGAUGCUUGAGGAAGGCAAAAGUGUGGCUCAAGUAACGGAAGAAUUGGGACUGAAGAGUUCGAAUUGUUUGCAUUAUUGGAAAAGUAUUCGCGACAAACUCAUUACGUCUGAGAAAAAACGCUUUCGCUUAGCUGGAGGAGGACGGCGCAGUAGCUGCGCUUUUGAAAAUGAAUUACUCUCGUGGGUUAGCGAGCGCCAUCAACAAGGCCAAGGCACAGAUGUAAAGGCUGUACUUGAAUACAUGAAACGGUCUCACUCCUAUUUUACUGACGGAAAAAAAGAACCGACACUACGCAAAUGGAUUUUACGCUUUUUCAAGCGAUGCUGGCGAAUUCCGUCUACGUCCAUCGAUUCUCGAGACGCAGAAAAAUCAUACAUAUUCGUCUAA